AUCAGAGAGAGAGAGAGAGAGAGAGAGAGAGAGAGAGAGAGAGAGAGAGAGAGAGAGAGAGAGAGAGAGAGAGAGAGCGAGAGAGCGAGAGAGAGCGCGAAACAGAGAGAGUUACAUGGGAGAGCAAGAGAGACUGCAGCUUGGUUUCUGAUUCGUGCGAACACGCUGCGCAGACAUAACAGAGGAGCGUUACACACUAGCUGAACAGAGAAGACAAGCGGGGAACACCGAGCCGUGACUGCUGGCUCCAACGCCGCGACACCAUCUCAACGGAGACACCUAGCCUACUUUUUUUUUGUUGAUCCUCCUUACUGGUCCAUAUUUUUUUUUGUGAUCGUAUUCCCAGUGCGCUGUGAUCGUGGAGAGACGGAAGGAAAUUCGGUACGUCCUCAACUCGGGACACCCGCACUGUUUUCAGCACUGCACUGCAUUGCACUGCACUGCACUCAACAACCGCGCCGUUGGGGCGGUUUGAGCCCUAGCCGGGCUUGUGGAGCAGGGGGGAUCCGUGCAGCAGCGCGUGUAGUUGUUGCUGCAGGCCGUGUAGUAGUUGCCCCCCGUCUGGCUCUGAGGUACACCGGAAUGACGUCCGCCGGAGAGCAGGGCGGAUAGACUGGUUUUUCGGUGACGCGGGGAUCAUAAUCUGCCUUGGAGGCUACCUGGACGUGUCCGCCGAAGCAGCGUGAGAGAGAGAGAGAGAGAGAGAGAGAGAGAGAGAGAGAGAGAGAGAGAGAGAGAGAGAGAGAGAGAGAGAGAGAGAGAGAGAGAGAGAGAGAGAGAGAGAGAGAGAGAGAGAGAGAGAGAGAGAGAGAAAGUGUGUGUGUGUGUGUGUGUGUGUGUGUGUGUGUGUGUGUGUGUGUGUGUGUGUGUGUGUGUGUGUGUGUGUGAGAGAGGGGGAGAGAGUGCGAGGGACUCCUACACGUUUCAUCCAACCGCAUUCUCUCGUCUGUUCAACCUCGGGUUUUUUUUUCUGCAAAUGGGUUAGAAUCCCUCUUAUUUUCUCUGUCUUCUUAAAAUCGACCCAAUCCGACGCUAUGAACGGAAGAGGCAGCUGAUCGGGUCUGUACCUUCCGAACGUUUAUUUUUGUUAGAAUGUAGCAACCAUCCAGGGGGUCCGAUCUAUCGUAGGGUUUAUAUAUGUGAUCACCACCUGUCUUUGGAAGUUUGGACUCCUCCACAUCACCAUCGUCACCAGCAGCAUCCUACAUCUGAUCGAGUCGAUUUGCAUUCACGCACUACUCCAACCAUGCCGGCGGGUAUGAAGCCGCUGGAGAAGUUCUUGAAAAAGCAGACCACCGCUCUGACGCGGGCCGGGGGCUUCGGCGGGGCGGACAAGGCCAGCGGUACCGGGGGAUCCCGGAGGAGGGCCAGCCUGUCCCGGGUGGUACCGUUCUUUAGGGAGACUUCACCGGAGAGCGGACAGGCGCGGGAGGUUUUCAGCCCGGACACAGAGGAGCCCCCCUGCUGGCCCCUGGCCACAGGGGCCACCCUUGCUAUGGCCCCUGGCUCUGGAGGGCCCGGGUUCGGUGGUUCCAGCGCUGGUGGAUGUGGAGGUGGAGGCGGGGACGUACGCAGCCCGUCGCUCUCCAGUGACGAGCAGAGCUCCGAGGCCAGCCUGGUCACUGACGCCUCAAGCGGAGGAGGAGGGAGUGGGGGAGGAGGAGGAGUUGGGAGUGGGAGUCCUCUGAGCGCCGAGACCCCCGAUAACCUGACCCUCACCCUGCUGGACAGCGUGGCGGGAAAACGUUACGGGCACUGUACAGAGAUCCUGUUGGAUGACUUCAUGUUGACCCAUCCCAUCUUCCUCACAGCCGACCGGCUCCAGCAAGUCCUACUACAGCAAUUCUCCCUGGAGACGGAGGGCAGGAUGGGGGAGGGGGAGGGGUGGCCGGGCGGGCUGGACGGAGGGGAGAGGAAGCGGGCGGUGCUGAGCGUGGCGUUCCGCUACCUGGACACGUACCGUGAGCUGCUGCAGGAGGAGGGGGAACGGAGCAACAGCUUCCCCAAGGACUUGUACAUGUGUGCGGUCCAGGAGCUGGGUCGCUAUCCGGAGCUGGUGGAGGACGUCCUCAAACUGCAGAGGUGGACCGAGAUUCUCCACUCUCCGUCAGAUGAGGAGAAGGAGAGCAGGAAGAAGCAGGUCCGUCCUCUCUUCAGACACUUCAGACGGAUUGAUGCCUGCCUGCAGCCCAGAGAGGCCUUCAGAGGCUCUGACGAGAUCUUCUGCAGGGUGUACACGCCGGACCACUCGUACGUGACCAUCCGUAGCCGUCUGUCCUGCCGGGUCGGGGAGAUCCUGGCGCUGGUCCGGGAAAAGCUGCAGUACAGCGAGGACCAGCCAGCGUUGCCUGGCAACCUGGUCCUGGUGGCUGUCACAUCCGCCGGAGAAAAGGCAGUGUUUCGGCCAAGUGAUGAGGCAGUCUUCACGACGCUGGGUGUGAACACACACCUGUUUGCGUGUGAACCCCCUGAACUGGAGACACUGCUUCCUCUUCCUGAAGAGAUCCACUGGUCGCCAGGCGACAGCAAACUACAUGACAUGUCAGCGGAGGAGGUGGCCAAUCAGCUCGUUGUGUUCGACUGGGAGCUCUUCAGCUGCGUGCACGAGGUGGAGUUUGUCUGCUACGUGUUUCAUGGGGAGCAAGCUCGCUGGCGCCCCCUGAACCUGGAGCUGGUACUGCAGCGAUGCAGCGAGGUGCAGCACUGGGUGGCCACGGAGAUCCUGCAGUGCCAGUCACUGCCCAAGAGAGUACAGCUACUGCGCAAGUUCAUCAAGAUCGCAUCGCUGUGUAAGCAACAGCAGGACCUGCUGUCGUUCCUGGCAGUAGUUCUGGGGCUGGACAACCCAGCAGUCAGCCGGCUACGACUCACCUGGGAGGGACUCCCAGGGAAAUUCCGGAAGCAGUUUCAGCAGUUUGAGGGCACUGCGGACCCCUCCAGGAACCACAAGUCCUACAGAGACCUGAUGGCUGGCCUUCGACCUCCACUUAUCCCCUUCACACCACUGCUCCUGAAAGACCUGACUUUCCUCCACGAGAGCUGCAAGACGUUCCACGGGGAGAUGGUGAACUUCGAGAAGAUGCAUAAAGUAGCGGAGAUGGUGAGGACGAUAAGGCGAUACAGGUGCACUCCGCUAGUCAUGGAAACAGAGCCCUCCCCCUCCCACCUCCAGACCAAGGCGUACGUGCGGCAGCUCCAAGUGAUUGACAACCAGAACCUUCUCUUCGACAUGUCCUGCAAGAUGGAGCCCAAAGACACAUAGACCCCGGCACGGGGCUGGAGACGGAGAGGGCCCGACGGCCGGUCGCUCUGGGGAUAUAACCGGCAGAUAAACUCUUUCUCUCUUUGAAAGGAGCCCGCUGCCUGAGAAGAAAUUUGUGAUGAGACGUGUAGGGUGUGGCACAGUGAGCUGGUUGAGCUAAAGAGACGCACACACACACACACACACACAUGAAGGCAGGCACACAGACACACACACAUACAUGCUCAAACACACACACACACACAUACAUGCUCAAACACACACACACACACACACACACACACACACACACACACACACACACACACACACACACACACACACACACACACACACACACACACACACACACACACACACACGUAAACGCACAUGCAUAUAGUGGGGGAGAAUCUCAUAAUCUUUCUCCCUUUCUCAAACACACCCCACCCUCUCUAUUUCUUCCAUUCCUACCCUCUCUCUCUCUCUCUCUCUCUUUCUCUUAC